GUGUUUUAAUAAUACAAUUAAAUAAAUGUCAAAUAUAUAAAUAAAAAAGCACUGUCCACCAUAUAUAACACUCUAGCGUCGCCAUUGCCUCCUCCCAUUCCAGAGGACAUCUGAUACUGCUGUUUUUCUGAUUUCUGUAUUCGCGGCGUCAAAACAAAACCUAUUCAUUUAACGUUUCUCCGUUAUUCUCUGUCGAGAUUUAUGCCGCAGACGGGCUUUACGCCUGACACCGACAUUACGUAGCGCCCAAAGUCGCGGUUAAGAAAAUAAACUGUCAGGAGCCAAAAUGGAGUUUGUGGUCAGGGUUUUGCUGUUCUUUACCUGCCUCUGUUUUCAUGAUUUUGUUUUCUGUGAGGAAUAUGCAGAAAUGGGAGGCCUGAUCACGUUUUCUCCCAGCAUUCGUGGGAAACCUGUAGAAAUCCUGUGGAAACACAAUGGAGAUAAGGUUGUGGAGUACGACAACAGUGAGAUGGAGGAAUACGGCUCAUUCAAAGACCGUGUGGAGCUUGAUUUCGAAACAGGACAGCUCACAAUAAAGAAACUGACCAGUCAAGAUGGUGGACAAUAUCAGUCUGACAUCACGAUCAAUGGGAAAGUUCAGAGCUCCAGACAUACUUUAACUGUUCUGGAUGUUCUUCCAGAUCCUCGAGUGACCUGUGAAGUGAACGAGGCCUCAAAUCUUCAAGAGCUGUUGUGUUCAGUGGACUACAAGACUCCGCUGCUGUAUAAAUGGAGCGGGCCGAAUAUGAUCGAUCAUCCGGGAGUAAAACUGAUCAUCGACGAGCAGCAGAAAAACAGCGACUCCAUCUACACGUGCACUGUGAAGAAUGAAGUCAGCAGCAAAACAAUAGACUUCAAUCUGCAAGACUGCAUCACAGGAGGAGUAAAGCUUGAGGUGAUUCUCCCAGUCUUAACAGUAAUAAUACUCAUUCUGAUCAUUAUACUGGCAAUAUUCAUCUACAAGAAGAUGCAGUCAAGGAGGACUGGAGAGAAGAAAACGAACCUUGAAUAUGGAUCUUCUGAAGAAAAAGAACCUCUGAAUCACAGUGGAAAUAAGGAAGAGCGGUGCAAAAAUGCAGUUUUAGCAGAGGAAAAUGCCUGCAGCAAACCUGAUGAAACUGAGCAGGAAAAACUCUUAGGAGGCCAAGAUGAAGAGGAGAUUGAUCUUGGGAUUGGGAAAAAUGGACUUCUCAAGAUUGAUGAAGGUGUUAAUGAUGUCAAAAUACCAAGUGAGUUAAAAGAGAAGGGAAAUGUAAAGGAAAAGGACCAGCAAAACACAGGUUCAUCUGGAGCCAUCUUCCCCAAUGGAUCAGACAAAACAGGUGAAAAUGGAGGAAAAGCAAAAGCUCUGAAGGACAGUGGAAAUGAGGAAGAGCAGUGCAGUAAUGAAAACAGCCGACAUGCAGUUGUAGAAGAAGAAAAUGCCAACAGAAAAGCUGAGGAAACUCAAAAACUCCAAGAAAGCCAAGAUGAAGAGGAGGAAGGACAAACAGAGAAACUGGACAAGGGGAAUGAAAUGGGAGAGAUGUCAGUUAAAGAACUGACUGAGAAACUAGGAGGUCUCAACAUUAAUAAUUCUGAUUAUAAAGACAAAAUAUCAGAAGAGAAAAAACAGGAAGGAAACAAAGAGCAAAAGGACCAACAAAGCACAGCCACACAAGGAACAUCUACAGCACAGUCGUAUCAGUACGGUCAACAAGAAGAGAGCCAGAAGCCACAAAAGAGGAAUGAAAGUGGAGAAACGUCAGCUCAGCAGCAGAAUGAGGGUGAAGUAACAGCCAGAAAUGAGGAUCAACAGACCACAGGAGCAAACACACAGGAGGAAGAUCAUAAAAGCCUGAGCUGUGAGCUAAAACAAGAAGACAUGAAGCAGAGCAAUGAUCCUGCAGAUGCAGGGAUUAAUAAACAUUUAAAUGAUAAUGAAGUAAAGAUCCCUGAUCUGGACCAGAGAAAAGAUGACCUGUCUGUGCCAGAGGAUGAACAGCACGAAACACAGAGUGACAACCUUCAAAAGCAAGAACAUCUGAGCAAACAGAACUCUACAGAAAGAGAGAGUCAACUUCAGCGUGAGAACAUCGGUGAGGAAAGUGACACUGACUCAGAUUUAUGAGUGAUAAUAGCGAAUAUAAUAUUAUUGAAGGAAAGGAAGACACUGAAAGUUCAUCAGAAUAAAUUCAUUCAUCAGAUAAAGAUGAUAAGCUUCAACGAAAGAACAUCAGUGAGGAAAGUGAAACUGACUCAGAUUUAUAAGUGAUAAUAGUGAAUAUGAUAUUGGUGAAUCGAAACCAUGUGAAGAUGGCAGUAAGAGUUGUGAGAAGGAAAACACUGGAGGUUCAUCAGAAAUCAUGGAAAGAGGACGAAAUGAUGAAGACGCCCAACAACUUGAGGAAGAAGAGAAGUUAUAUCUUCAAAAAUGAUUGUUAAACUCGUGUCUUUUCCGCGAGAUUAAAUCAUUUUUACGUGAACAUGCAGCGCCGCUCAUUACUAGCAACGUUUCCAUCCAGCUAUUUUCAUUUUGGAAAUGCGCAUAAAAACAUAUGCGCAUAACUGAGGAGAAACUGUUUAUUCGAUAAGAAAAGAUGCGCAUAAACUACGAUAGAAACACUUUUACCGAACAAAUUUCAGUAUGUGCAUUAAAAAAAGGUCAUGUGAUGUUGUUAUAAGAGAUCAUGUGAUGAUGAAAAUGUGUGUGAAUGGACAAACCAGCAGGCUGAGCACGCUGUAACACAUCUGAACUGUUGUUUUGCUCAUUCUAAAUGACUUAACCGUUUUAAUAUCAGUGUUAUUAUAUUAUUAAUGACCUCCAGAAUCAAGAGCGUCUGCUCCGCGUCUCACGCCUUCAAACGCCACCGCGCGUUUAUUGCGUGUCAACAUUUGUCUUCUGAGGCGCAAGAGGCGCAAGAUUAACGCAGCUUCUCCUACCACAGCAAAUUCAGUUUUUACUAUUGAUUUUUGGCGCCAGUUUAUCAGGAAGUGACGAUUUUGUUUCCUUUAACUCGUUGGAUGGAAACGCUGCUUUAUUCGCACGUCUAUUGGAGACGUCUUUUAUGCGGUAAUCCAGUUUUGAGCAUAAAGUUAAUUCACAAUUUUGGAUGGAAACACAGCUGCUGUUAGUUCCAAUGCAGAUGACCAAUCAGAAAAGCUCAGAGGUGGGGCAGGUGUUGUGAUCAGUGUUGGCAGUAAUGCAUUACAGGUAAUGCGGGUUAUGUAAUAAUGUUACUGUUCUUGAGUAAAGUAAUGCAUUGUAGAGCCCUGCAUUUGAACCCAAGCCCGUUGGGACCCGACUUUUUUAUUGAAUUGAAUAAGCUACAUUGGUCAUAGUGUAUGUGUGGGUGUGAAUGCAAAUGUGCAUGGGUGUUUCCCAGUGCUGGGUUGUGGCUGGAAGGGUAUCCGCUGCAUAAAACAGAUGCUGGAAUAGUUGGCGGUUCACUCUGCAUACCAUGACAGACCCUGGCUUUUGGACUUGUUGCUGGUGACAGUCUGGAUGAUCCAUUUCUUCUUUAAUCCGGAGCACACGAUGUCCAUUUCUCCCAAAAACACGGGUUCAUCUGAGCACGGUACACGUUUCCACUGUGUGAUGGUCCAUCCCAGAUGCCACCGAGCCCAGAGAAGUCCACGGCGCUUCUGGACACUGUUAACAUAGGGCUUCCUUUUGGCACAGCUCUUUAACUGUAGUUUUAACUGGCGCUUGUGGAUGUAACUCUGUAUUGUGGUACUUGAUAAACGUUUGCCGCAGUAUUCAUAGACCCAUGUGAUGAUAUCACUUCUAGAUGAAUGAGGAUUCAUGAUGCAGCAGCCCCUGGGGGGUCGGAGAUUGCUUGUUCAGCUUAGGCUUGCGCUCGAUGAAAUAUCCAAAUGUCUUCCUCUCUGUCUCUGAGGAACAUUGUUUUUAAACAUUUAAUAUAAAGUGGAACCGGUUUAAUUUUAUUUAUUCAUUCAUUUUCUUUUCGGCUUAGACAACACGGGGGGAACAUGCUAACUCCACACAGAAACGCAAACCGACUCAGCCAAGGCGAGAGUGCUACCCACUGCUCCACCGUGCUGUUCUAAUUUCCAUUCAUUCAUUUUCUUUUCAGCUUAGUCCCUUUAUUAAUCUGGGGUCGCCACAGCGGAACGAACCGCCAACUUAUCCAGCACAUGUUCCACACAGCGGAUGCCCUUCCAGCCGCAACCUAUCUCUGGGAAACACCCAUACACACUCACUCACCCUCAUACACUGUGGACAAUUUAGCCUUCCCAAUUCACCUGUACCGCAUGUGUUUGGACUGUGGUGGAAACCGGAGCACCUGGAGUGUCCUAAUUUUAUUUAUUUUAAAUAAAAUAAAAUAAACAAAUACUUUGAAAAGGCAUAAUCUGGCUCGGCUAUUUACAUCAAAGUAAUAGUCUAAAAGUUACUAAAAGUUUUACUGUACAUCAUUCAAUUAUACAAUCCUGCCAUCUGGUGGAGAAACACACACACUGAUUGUAUAACAGAUAUAUAUAUA